AUGGGAAAUAAUCCACCAAAUGGACACAUUGGAACUCUUCCUCCAAAGAACGCUUCCAAACAUCAAUCAUUAAGUGCUUCUUCAUCAACACCCAAUAACCCAACAACACUUCAUUUGAAUUUAGUGGUGAAUGGUAACAUGUUGGGAAUGAGUAACAAUUCAUCACCCAUUGCUCCCGGAUACAACACUAAAUCUUCGCAGGAAGCAGUCAAUGAGGAAUCACUUGAAAGUCAAACAAUGAAUAUACCAAAUGAAAUUACAGUCAUGUCUUUUAGUAUUAGGAGAGAUUCUGUUUUUGAUGGAAUUGACCAAUGGAAGAAUAGAAAAGAAACAAUAACGAAUAUCAUUUUGGAGAGCAAGGCAGAUAUCAUUGCUAUUCAGGAUGGUCUUCAACAUCAAAUUCUUGAUUUAUUUACAUUAUUGAACGAAAGACAAGAGCGUUCACAAUAUUUAUGGUUUGGUCUCGGACAGAAUUAUAAUCACAAUACGAAUGAAUAUUCCGGAGAAUACAUCACAAUCUUUUAUAAUGCUGAAAAGAUUGAGCUGUUAGACCAAGGCUGUUUUUGGUAUAGUUAUACACCUUCAACGAAAGGAAGCAGAAGCUGGGAUGCUGUGGCUCCAAGACUUUGUACUUGGUGCAAAUUUAGAAAUAUCAAAUCGUCAUCAAAACGAAACUCAUUCCAUGUCUUCAAUACUCAUUGGGAUAUUGGUGUGGAAGCUAGGAGAAACUCGGCAUAUCUCAUUCGGGAAUACAUUGAAAAUUUAACCUGUGACAAGGACGAAGAAAAUCAAAUUGUUCAACGACCGUGUAUUGUGAUGGGAAAUUUAAAUUGCUUACCUGACUCGAAUGCAGUCCAUUUACUGAGCACUGGAGUCGAUUUGGGAGCUAAAAACAUGGAUGAUUCUAAUUCUGACGAUGACACGGCGAGUGACGGCUCAAAUUGUGAUUCAGACGACGAAGAAGAAUCAUUUAAGCUGAUCAGUGUGGAUCCAGCCCAUCAUCCAACCUUUGUAGGUUUGAAUGGAAAUGGAUCAUCUUCUCGUUAUACCGCCCUCAAUUCUGAUACCACUAAUUCCACCACCACCACCACCACUACUUCUGACACAAACGUUUCUUUAGAUUCCUUGUCGUAUCCUCAAAAGAUACAAGGCAAAUGUACAGAUUACAUAUUUGUUUCUCCGAACAUUCAAGUUUUGGAUUUUAGAGCCAUCACAGAAGUGCAAUGUAAAAAUACAGGAAGAAAUGCAUCCGAUCAUCUUCCAAUCAUGGCAGCUCUUUUGGUAUAG